AUGGCAGCAAUCCGUCGCCUAAAAGGCAUUGAUACCCGAACUUGUCAUAUCUGCCAUGAACAAUUUGACGAAGAACCCGUGGAGGCGCCGCUGACGCUACACUGCGGUCACACAUUUGGAUCCGUUUGUAUCACCAAUUGGCUCAACAAAGCCAACGAGCCAGGCUGUCCAUUGUGUAGAGUCGACGCUUGGCAAGCGAAACCACGACAGAAAGACAAAGAUAUCGAGGACGCUGCACUGUACGGCCUGGUAGAAGGACAGACGAUAGAAGGGCUGCAAGAGCUUGCCCAAGCCCUGGUCUACUACAAGUUGAAAAAGUUGGAUGUUUCGAAGCUGAAAAAUGGUCGAGAACUCAAACAGCAACAGCUUUACGACUGUGUCUCAUGGUCCAUCAACUACUACGUGGUCAAUGCAUGGCUUGACGACAAAUAUUCUCCUGAAGGUGACAUGUAUCAGCGAUUAGGGUAUCAGCUGAUCGAGACAUUUGAGGCAGAGUAUACGACAAGAUUGCAGUCGAUAGAGAAAGAACUCAUUGAAGCUAUCCGUCUGGGGCUCGCCAAAGCCCCGAGGCUGAACGUUCCCAUGUCUCAGCGCAUGGCUGCAGCUGACCGCCUUCUCGCCCCAGGUCUCAUUGUGGGUCAUCCAAGCGAGGACGUUAGAGUGGGUGAUAGGUACGCGCGCUCCAUGGUCCCUAGACUGAUGGCAUUUUUAUCGCGAGUUCGUGAAUGGCCUUCCGAUCCAGUCAACUUUCCUGUCUGGAGACCCGAUGUCGAAGCAGCUUUAGAGGCCGAUCUCCGCGAUCAAACUAUGGAUUUAUUUGCGGUAAAUGCUUAUAUCAUGCGAGAUCUAUCUCAUCCUCUAGUGACGCGAGAUCACAUCAACCAGACUCUACAGAGCUGGGGAGUCACUAACUUUGCGGCAAGGUUCGACAGAGAGACUGGGCGAAUGUAUGUGAGAUAA